AACGAAAGGUUUCCUCCAUUAGAAUCACGCCAUGAGCCUCGGUAUUGCCCAUCGACUGAACGUUUCGAGUGUGAAUAGGUCAUCGUCCAACAAUAUAUGUAUACUUCGUAUCAUACUGUCAUAUUGUGUGUGCUGAGCAUUUAACAGACGGUGCUGUGCUUUCUAGACGCGUUAGCAACCCUUAAAUUGUUCGCUUUGUCACCAGCAAUAUACCGACACAGAAAACAGACAACGUCGAGAAGAUACGAUCGACCGACCCGCAAGGCAAGCGUGCCCAGCCUUUAGUCGCGUACCGGCCACCGCGCACUGCACGUCGCGAGGUGUUUGUAUCCGGAGGACGAGACUUCUGCUUCGUUCCACUGACAGAAAGGGGGAGAGAGAAAGAGAGAGAGAAAUUAACCUAACAAACGAAAGAAACAAAGAAAGAGGCGUUCUCGUUCGAGUUCUUUCAAAAUUUUAAUUCAAUUUUGAUCCAUCUGGUUAAUUUAUCGACGCUUCAGAAUCGAAUUUAAAACAGAGGAAGAAAAAGUCAAAAGUCAAAGAAUAACGUAAAAUGGUGGCCAAGUACGAGAUCCUCGCUUCGAGUUGACGAGGAUACCUUUUAGAAAAGAUCAAAUUGACUAAAGCGUUAAUUAAAAAAAAAAAAAAAAAAAGAGGGAGGAAUAGAUAAAUAUACGUUGUAUCGUUGGAACGAGAGGCAUAAAAACCAGCUAUGGAUCCUUACUCGUUAAGUGUUGAACGCGAGGCGUCGAAGAAUAUCGAGGAAAAUGAAAGAGAAUGCUUCAAAGAUGCGAUCGUGUCGAGCAGAAGUCUCAACAAAGGCUUUGUCGAGCCUACCAACAUUAAAAAUGCCAUACCCUAGAUCGCUUCCUGUAUCAUUGCCGCGUCUUUCCAUAUAUCGGUAGGAUUAGCCAUGGCAUAUUCGGCUAUACUGAUUCCUCACCUCGAGGAUCAAGACGCGGAAUUGCACGCCACUCAAGAGCAGACUUCCUGGAUCGCUAGCGUGGUGGUAGUUUGCACACCUUUGGGCGCCGUGUUAGGUGGAUUUUUAAUGGAGACAGUGGGAAGGUUGCGGACCCUUCAAUACGGAGCCAUACCUUUCGUUGCAAGCUGGAUCCUUAUAGCACUUUCUACCAAUAUCCCGAUGGUUUUAGUCGGUCGAUUGUUAGCAGGGUUAGCCACGGCUAUGGCUACGUCACCAGCGAUCGUUUAUAUCACCGAGGUCGCGCGUCCGGAACUCAGAGGCUCGAUGAUAUCUUUCGGUCCAACUUUGGCCUCGUUCGGCAUGGUGCUUUCGUACUUAAAAGGUGCAUACAUUGACUGGAGAAUUGUGGCCUGGCUAAGCAUCGUUUACGCGGUUGUGCCGGUUAUUUUGGUGCAAUUUUUCGUCCCGGAAUCGCCUGUAUGGCUCGUUUCAAAAGGACGGCUAGAUGAUGCGAAGAAAUCUUUGGAAUGGUUGUACAAGCGCGAGGAAAAGCAAGGAAAAGUGUCUGCCGCGGAAGCACAAUUUAUCACAAUUUUAAAAGAAAACGAGAUUAAAUUAAGCGAGCAAAGAAAAAGCAAACAUGGCGGUAUCUCUACUAAGUUGAGAGGAUUUUUGAAACCAACAGGAUGGAAACCAAUGAUGAUACUUUUCCUAUUCUUCUCCUUUCAACAGUUUUCUGGCAUCUAUAUUACUCUUUUCUACGCUGUUACAUGGUUCCAAGAAGUUGGUUCCGGUGUGGAUGCAUAUGUAGCCUCGAUUCUAGUCGGUGUAACUCGUUUUCUAUGUUCGAUGGUGAAUACCUGGUUACUAAGACGAUAUAAGAGACGGCUUCUAUGUAUAAUUUCAUCCUUGGGAAUGACUCUUUGUAUGGGUGUUUCUGGUUACUUCACUUACCUUAUUAAGAAUGGCGAUCGUUCCGGAAAUUGGGUUCCUGUUUUAUGCCUGUUACUCUACGUUUGCACGUCUAUGGUCGGUAUGUUGACUAUUCCAUGGACUAUGACGGCCGAAUUGUUCCCAACCGAAAUCCGAGGCAUCGCCCAUUCCAUUAGUUAUUCUAUAGCCAAUUUACUCAUGUUUUCUGCUCUGCAGAGUUACAGAAGUUUACAAGAUUUUCUGGGUGGUUCUCAUACUGUGCAAUGGUUUUUUGCUGGCGUUUCGUUAGCAGCCGUCGUUUUCGUAUGGUUGUUACUUCCAGAGACUCAUGGUAAAAAACUGUCCGAGAUCGAGGAGUAUUUCCAAAAUCAUUUCCUAGCUGUUGGAGCUGAAGCGAAAACAAGGAAACGAAGAAGACAAAGAAGAGCGCAGCGAAACGCCAAAUCGUCCGCUACGCAACCAUUGAAUCCUAAAACUAUACAAAACGUGUAAAUUUUUCUUCCAUGAGGCUGGAAUCGUACAAAGAAUUCCUAGCCAGAG